AUGGUCCACAUUGGAUUGGUGGUUACUGACAUGCAACUGACAGAUGUUGUCAUUCGGAAUUAUGUUUUGGAGUUCAUUGUUGAUGCGGAUAAUGAAUGCUCCCAUGAACUUGCGCAAGUCGGAGAGCCAGCAUUCAGAUUUGAGGCGAAUGGAGCUUAUGAUCCGGCUUACGUCAAGAAUCAGAAGCGAAGGUUGGAGAAACCUCUCUCUUUUGGUGAUAUGAUCGAAUGGGACGAUCGAGACAUCACAAACAGAAUAAUCUUGAAGAUUCGGAGGGUUCCAAAACUGUUCGAAAGUCGAAUCUACGAGGGCCGAUCACAGGUCAGCAUUCAUUUGUUGCUUUCUUGA